UUAUGUCACUUAACUUUCACCUUUUUUAACCAUGCCACUAUGCCAUGUCUUCUUCCCAGGCAUGUUUUCAACUGUUCAGCAUUAAACGUUGUAUCAACAUUGAUUCAAAGAUAAUACAAUAACUGACCUUAUUUCAAACAUAUUUAAACGUUGCAUGUUGGUCAUGUCGGCUGGUUUUCAACCAUUCAGCAUUAAACGUUGUAUCAACGUUAAAGGUCGGUCAUGUGCAGACUGGGAUUGUUCGUCAUAUUCAAAACCCAUCUCGGACACUAUCUGGCCGUGUCUCAAAACAAAGUAAGCUGCCUAACGUUACCUAUAAAAGUAUUUUGAAACCUCAAUGCGCGUUCCGAUUGUAUUGUGAACAGGCAGCUUACUGUUUUGAGUCAAAGCCGGAGAAGGGUCUGUCUGCAGCCCUUGCAAAGCCGAGUGUGCCUGCACACACCGCCUCUCUCCAACGGAUGCCCGCGCCCUGUCAAUCUAUCCCCCAGCAGAGAGCGGACGGGGAGAAACCGAAACAGAGCGGGUCCGCGGGGGGAAGAGGCGCAUGAAAACAUCCAUGGGUGGCUGUGUGGGCAGUCAUCAUGAUUCUUCAGGCAGUUUAAACGAAAACUCGGACGGAACCGGAGUUGCUCUGGGGCGAAACCAGCCCCUGAAGAGAGAGAAGCCCAAAUGGAAGAGCGACUACCCAAUGACCGAUGGGCAGCUGCGCAGCAAGCGUGAUGAAUUCUGGGAUACAGCACCAGCUUUUGAAGGCCGCAAGGAAAUUUGGGAUGCACUUAAGGUGGCUGCCCAGGCCUUUGAAAGCAAUGACCAUGAGCUUGCUCAAGCCAUAAUUGAUGGUGCCAGCAUAACAUUACCACAUGGUAAGAGGCGUGUGCUUUUUACCGCCAUGAGGGCUGCCGCUUCUGCGUCUGUAAAGUGCAUUUGCAGCUUUUGACCGCUGAGUGGCGCUUUAAACACAAGUUAUCAAACAAGCGCAUCACAGCACAUUUUCGCAAAUAGACGUCAGUUUUGCCUCGCUGAUG